AUGUUUGAGCGUUGUAGAAGUGUAGAAGAAUUUGAGAGGCUUAGCAAGAUAGGUGAAGGUACAUAUGGAGUUGUUUACAAAGCUAGAGAAAAAAAGACAGGAGAAUUUGUUGCACUAAAAAAGUUAAAGAUACUGAAAAAAGAUGAGAAAAAAGUGUUUCGUUUAACAUUUUUAAGGGAAAUAGAAAUUCUUCUCACUUGUCAUCACCCUUCAAUUGUACAUGUUAAAGAAGUCGUCGUAGGGACUACGACAACCAAACUCAAUAAUCGCGUUUUUUAUAUUGUGAUGAAAUAUUUGGAAAACGACUUGCAAGUGUUGACAGAAAAACAACGAUUUUGUCAAAGGGAAAUCAAAUGUCUUAUGCUCCAACCCUUGGAAGGUGUGAAAUACCUUCAUGAUAAUUGGAUUAUUCCUCGUGACCUAAAGACUUCAAAUUUACUUAUAAAUGAGAAAUGUGAGUUGAAAAUUGCUGAUUUUGGGUUAGCACGACGUACUCAAAGUGGUCCUCCCUUGAAACCUUAUACUCAAGAAGUUGUUACUUUGUGGUACAGAUCGCCCGAGCUAUUAAUGGGUAUGAAAAAAUACUCGAAUGCAAUCGAUAUGUGGUCUAUAGGUUGUAUCAUGGCUGAAUUACUAACAAAUAAACCGAUUUUCGAUGGAAAAUCGAAGAUUGAUCAAAUUAAUAAGAUAUUUGGAAUUCUUGGAACCCCAGAUGAGAAAAUAUGGCCAGGAUUUACCAAACUUUGUGGAUUAAACAAAGUUAAAUUUGUAAAUAAAAAGCAUAAUUAUUCAUUAAGGAAGAGAUUUCCAUCAAUAUCCUUCACAUAUACUGUAUUGUCUAAUUCUGGAAUUGAUCUUUUGAACAAAUUUCUCACUUAUGAUCCAAAUAAAAGGAUUAUUGCUGAAGCUGCUUUGAAACAUGUAUGA